AUGCCUCCCAGCACCUAUGCUGCUUCCCCUGCCACCUCCAGUCCAGUGAGUCCGUAUGCUGUCAUGCCUCCCAGCACCUAUGCUGCUUCCCCUGCCACCUCCAGUCCAACCAGCCUCCCUGACCCCUAUCCUGCCCAGAGCCAGAACCUGAGACCCAACUCCACUUCCCAGCCUGCCCCUGUCUACCCUGGGGCUAGCCAGCCCACCAGUCCUGAGGUACAGCCAUAUCUAGUCAGCCUCCCAGACCCCUAUACUUCCACCCAGGCCAAGACCGCAGUUAAAGACGGGGUUCCUCACCAGAAGUCUCCAGCCAUCCCCAUCAACAAGGAACCUGCCAGGAAGUUUGCCCCGGUGGUGACCAGUCCUGCUCCCCCUGCUGCUGAGGUGGUGAAGUCAUCAGUGUUGCCUCAGGUCGACAUCGUACCCAGCAGUAACAUCAAGGAUAUCAUCAGACAGUACGACUCUCCUCCGCCUGUGACUGAUGCCCUACCGCCCGGCAAGAGGUCAGACGUCACACACACAGUGCUCAGCAUCAUGAAAACUCUAUUCUGA